UUCAAGCCCAAACGAACAAAAACAAAAGCCAACGUCCAGCCAAUUCCACUAUGCUCUCAACUCAUGAACAGAAAAACAAAACCCACUUCGCCAUUUCCCUCUCGCUCUCCUCGCUCCUCGCUCAACUCAGCUCUAUCUGGCAAAGCCCAAUCGCUUUCCUUCUUUUCUCCUAUGGCGCGAAAAUCUUCCCUCCUCAAACGCCUCGUUAUACUUGCCAUCCUCUUGAUUUUCGCCGUUUUGGCCAUUGUCAACACCUUCUUCAACCCUACGCCGCCGCCGCCGGGCCUCCCCACCGACGAUGUCAAGCUCCCUUCCGAUGUCAAACAAAAACUUGAAAAUUUUCGAGGUCAAAACUCGAAAGUCAAAAUUUACAUGUACGAUCUUCCCAAAAAGUUCACUUACGGCAUCAUCGAGCAGCACGCUUUGGCGCGCGGGGGUUUAGUCCACUCGGAUGCUGACGUGUCGUCGUUGAAAUACCCGGGUCACCAGCACAUGGGGGAGUGGUAUUUGUUUUCGGAUCUGAAUCGACCUGAGGUGGAGAGGGUGGGGUCUCCGAUUGUGAAGGUAACGGAUCCCGAGGAGGCGGAUCUUUUCUUCGUCCCGGUGUUUUCUUCGUUGAGUUUGAUCGUGAACAAUGGUGGCGGGCCGGCGCCCGAAGAUGGGGCUCGUCGGUACAGCGACGAUGAGAUGCAGGAGGAGCUGGUAGAAUGGCUGGAGAAGCAGGAAUAUUGGAGGAGGAACAAAGGGUGGGACCACGUGAUUGUGGCGGGUGACCCGAAUGCCAUGUUGCGAGUCGUGGAUCGAUUGAAGAAUGCUGUGUUGUUGGUUUCUGAUUUCGGGCGGCUGAGGGGUGACCAGGGUUCCCUUGUGAAGGAUGUGAUUAUUCCGUAUUCGCAUCGCAUUAAUUUGUAUAAGGGUGAAAUUGGAGUCGAAAAUCGGAAUACUUUGUUGUUCUUCAUGGGCAAUCGGUUUCGAAAGGAGGGAGGCAAAAUUCGGGAUUUGCUUUUCAACUUACUUGAAACUGAAGAAGGUUUCAUAAUAAAACAUGGGACACAAUCUAGAGAGAAUAGACGUGCAGCCACCAGAGGGAUGCAUACAUCAAAGUUCUGUUUGAAUCCUGCUGGCGAUACCCCUUCAGCUUGCCGUCUAUUUGAUUCUAUAGUUAGCUUGUGUAUACCAGUAAUAGUUAGUGAUAGCAUUGAGUUGCCUUUUGAAGAUGCGAUAGACUAUAGAAAGAUUGCAAUAUUUGUAGAGACCAACACUGCUCUGAAGCCUGGAUAUUUAGUUUCAAUUCUGAAAGAGGUGACCACAGAAAAGAUUCUGGAAUAUCAGAAAGAACUGAAAGAGGUGCAGAGAUAUUUUAUGUAUGACCAUCCAGAGGGAACAGUGAAGGAAGUGUGGCGUCAAGUCUCACAGAAGCUGCCUCUUAUUAAACUUAUGAUUAAUCGUGACAGACGGCUUAUCAAGAGGGAGUUGAGUGAGCCAGAUUGCUCUUGUCUUUGUACUAACAAGACUGGGAUUAUAAGUUCCUUGUGAUGCCUCCUUUAUCUGCAAGUUCAAUACACACGCAAUCUGCCAUAGUUUUCUCUGAAAUUGUCUGGAUACAAAAGUAUCUGAGUUAGUCAACGCCAAGGAAUUACAAAUGCAAAAACCUACUGACCAUUUAAGGUUCAAGGUUAAAAUUACUUUUCUUUUGUUAUUUUAGUUUGGAUGUGGAAGGGGGAGAGUUUUCUUGCAUGCUGGAUGUAAAUUUAUGAUGUUAAUUUAUUUGUCUUCACAAAUUUUGCUGCAGGAAAUACAAUUUUUUAGGUGCAAUUGUAAUUUUUGUACAUUUAGAAAUAAAAGGAAUAUCAAAGAUCAUUAUUGCCUUUGUUUCUUAA